CCUCUGGGGGCGUGGCUUCCGGCGCUCCUUGCUUGUUAGUAGCCGCGGCUGAGAGCGCAGGCGGCAGCUGACAGGCGCUUUUCUUCAGACGGCUGCGGCUGGAGCCCAGCGAAGCGGGCGGCCUCCAGCUCGCGUCCCCGUGUCCCGGCCCGCGAAGUUCCAGGGCGCCGGGGCAUGGAAGAGGGGAAGAUGGACGAGAAUGAAUGGGGUUACCACGGCGAAGGCAACAAGAGCCUUGUGGUGGCCCACGCGCAGCGCUGUGUAGUUCUGCGUUUUCUGAAGUUUCCUCCAAAUAAGAAGAAGACCUCAGAAGAGAUACUUCAGCAUCUGCAGAACAUAGUGGACUUUGGCAAAAAUGUCAUGAAAGACUUUUUGGGGGAGAACUAUGUUCAUUGUGGGGAAGUUGUUCAGCUGCCUUUAGAGUUUGUGAAACAACUAUGCUUAAAAAUACAGUGUGAAAGACCAGAGUCUCGUUGUGACAAGGACCUGGACACACUCAGUGGUUAUGCUAUGUGCCUUCCCAAUUUAACUCGACUUCAGACCUACCACUUUGUGGAGCACCGGCCGAUUCUGUGUGUAGAGAUUAAGCCAAAAUGUGGGUUUAUUCCUUUCUCAAAUGAUGUUACCCACGAGAUGAAACACAAGGUGUGCCGAUACUGCAUGCACCAGCACCUCAAGGUAGCAACUGGAAAGUGGAAGAAAAUAAGUAAAUACUGUCCCCUCGACCUCUACUCAGGAAACAAGCAGCGCAUGCACUUUGCCUUGAAGAGUCUGCUGCAGGAGGCACAGAACAAUCUGAGGAUAUUUAAGAAUGGCGAGCUGAUUUAUGGUUGUGGUGAUGCCCGGAGCCCUGCGGCUGACUUGAAGGAGCUUGCGCACCACUUGAAGCCCUUCUUCUUCCCUUCCAAUGGCUUGGCCAGUGGGCCUCACUGCACGAGGGCCGUGAUCCGGGAGCUGGUGCGUGUUAUCACAAGGGUGCUGCUGAGCAGCUCAGACAAAGGCCGAGCAGGUGCCCUGAGGCUUGGGCUCCAGGGCCCACGUGUCUGUGAAGCCAGCCCUUUCAGCAGGAGCCUACAUCACCAAGGAAAAAACACCCCAGAGCACUCGGGGUUACCGAAGGGCUGUCUUCUAUACAAAACCCUCCAGGUGCAGAUGUUGGACCAGCUGGACAUCGAAGGCCUCUACCCUCUAUACAACCGGGUUGAGCGCUACCUGGAGGAGUUUCCUGAGGAGAGGAAAACAUUACAGAUAGAUGGGCCUUAUGAUGAAGUGUUUUACCAGAAGCUGCUUGAUCUGUCUACUGAAGAUGAUGGGACAGUGGCCUUUGCAUUAAGGAAGGUGCAGCAGUACCGGGUAGCUAUGACCGCCAAGGACUGUUCCAUCAUGAUCACACUCUCCCCUUAUUUACAAGGCACAAGCAUCUUCAGCCUUGAUCUCCAUGAAUGCCAAACCCUACAGACUUCUCUGGAAUCCUCCACAUCUGACCUGUGUUCCUGGGUUAGCUCUGACCAGAGGCCUGUUAUCCCUUCAUCAAGGUCCCGGCUGGCCUUCUCUGUGUCUGUACUGGACCUCGACCUCAAGCCCUAUGAGAGCAUUCCUCACCAGUAUAAACUGGACAGCAAGAUCGUCAACUAUUACUCAAAGACUGUGCAUGCCAAAGAUGACACUGUGAGGUCGACUCGGUUCAAGGAACAUGAAGAUUGCACAUUAGUUCUCCACAAGGUCUAACUUUUUCCUCUGCGGUGUCUUUGAAACUUGAAUGUGAAAGUUGAAUGACAGAGCUAUUUUUGGUUGUGUUGGGUGACUUGGCUGUGAAUGUUUUUGCUUUUAACCCCUGCUGAGGUUAGACUGCCUCUCAGAGACAAGGAAUUGAAGAGCACUAGAGUCUUCUAGGACAAGGAAUGUAGGACGUGAGUGCUGUGUCCCAGCAAGCCAUCUGUUUUCUUAGAGUGGAAGUGUCCGUUAAACCCAGGAAAACACCCUGGAUAGUUCUUCCAAGCAGAGCUCACGUCUAAUUCUCUAAUGCAAAAAGCCUUAUUAUUAAGACCCAAGGUUUGGAUCUCCUACCACCAGACUCUUGACAUAAAAAACUUGAAUUGUCACGAGUAUCUUACCGUUUGGAUUUUCAAGAAAACAUGGAUACUACUGGAACUUUCCCAGCUGUUAACUGGUUACAUUUUCAAUGCAAAUCACACAUCAACACAGGUAUUGGGUAGUUCCCUGCUGCAGAGCGGUCAGGGGUUAGUGGGACAUCGGUUCUGAGUGGUUUAUACUCAGGUCCCUGUGGAGGUACUGAAGGGACAGCAGCAGGGAACAUAGACUCAGGUCAGGUUAGACACCACUCACAUGAGCAUUGCUUUUUUGUUGUUUUUAAAUUCUUCAUUAUGAUUUUAACUCUAGGGGGAGCUGAGGCGUUCUUUCCUACCUGAAAUUGCUGCUGUAGAGGCUGGAAGCAGAGCUGUAACUCAGAGCUGCUGUGGUUGGCUGGGUGGGUGUGCCUGACAGCCUGAAUUCUCCUGGCACUCUGGUGUCUUGGGUGGUUGAGGAACAAGGUUCCCUUCCUCCUAAACCACAUUCAUCCCGGGGUUAGCUCUGGGACAUAUUGGGUAUGUGGGUCUAGGGCCUUGCUGUUUUCAUCAGGGCUAUAGAAGGCUCCUGGCUGGCAUUGAGGAUUCUUAUUAGGGUCACCAAAAGUGUGCCUGGCUGCUAUGAAAUCAUUGGGAGUUUUGGCUUCAUUUUUUUUAAUCCUAUGGUAGGCUGUACAGACUGAUUAUUUAUAUCAUCCUUUUGAGAGACAAAUGAAGGCUUAUUGUAACAUAGUAGUAAAAACCAUGGAACUGUAUGAAAAUGCUAUGUGAAAAAUGAAGAAAAUAUUUUGCUGAUUGUAAAUUUUUGUGGGAAAUUUUGUGAUAAUUUGAGAAUUAUACUUGUUUGAUCAAGCGACCUCCUAUAGAAUUUAUUAAAUUCUGUCCUAAUAUUCUAACUAUUGAACACUCAGGUAAAGACACUUGUACUUUUGGA